AUGAAGCCCUCCAACGACCUUAAAGCCAGGAAUGUUGCCCUGCAGGAUGAGAUACACAGGGCCAAAAUCAAUGAGAAACAUCUGAUGGACCAGAACGCAGAGCAGGAAAGGAAGAUCUCUUCCAUGGUUACAGCUGAGAUGGAUCUGAAGAAAGAGGAGCUGAAGAACGCUGGGCUGAAGCAUACUGUCAAAAAUCAGACGUUCACAUUAGAAAAAACGAGAGAGGAACUGGACAAGUUGAAAGUUGAACACAGGGAUCUAGAGACUGUCAGUGCGAGUGAGAAGAAAGACUCUGAGCAGAAAAUGUACUUCUUCAAAAGAGAGUCUCUGGAGUAUCAGAACAAAUUAUGUGUGGAGAAGUCUCUCCGCCAACAGAAGGAGAAAGAAGCAGAAAUGUUUGGAAACCAUCAAAAGGAGAACAGGAUGCUGAAUAUGCAGGUGGAGAAACUGUCUCAUAAUGUGAAGGAGCUGACCGGCUAUAAAUGCUUCAGCAUCAAAACAUUAGAAGAGCAGCGAGAACUGCUUAGGAAGAAGGACAAGGAAGUGGCAACCUUUGAGAAGGAGGCAAAAAAAUCGAAAGAGUUUGCGUUAACAUGCCAACAACGCUAUGAGAGUCUGAAACCUUACCGGGAAAAACUGAAGGUGGCGAAACACGAGUGUGAGAGACAGUCAGAGGAGCUGAAAAAACACAGAAGACUGGACGAUGUACACAGGACCACAGAACAUGGUUUACACACAACGAUAGCGCACUGGGAGCAUAAAAGAGUGGGGUGGGAAAAUAAGUAUGCAAACCUGGAAGUCGACAUGGAAAUCUUGCGGGAAGCAAACAGAGACCUCAUAACGGCAGCAGAAAUGCACGAAGAAGAGGUGGUGAAGGAGCGAAACCUCGUGAAACACAUGGAGCUCGAAGUGAAGCAGAAACGUGAUCUGAAGAUUAAACUCCACGAUCAAGAGAGGAAGAUGAUGCAAAACACUAACGUCCAUGGCCAAGAGAUAAUCCAUCUGAGAGCCUUGACGUUAGAUCUGGAGAAGAGGCUAACGCUGAAGAUCAUCCAUGCUGACAGUGUGGAGGCGGAGAGAAACCUCCUCCUGCAAAACCAGCUUAAGGAACAGGUGCAGCAAUCUUUGCUCAACAAAAAUAUUCAACAACUGCAGGAGAAACUCCAAGAUCAGACCUGCGAGACCGACGUUCAGAGGGUGAAGCUGGCCAGGUUGGGGAUGGAGAGGCGCUGCAUGAAGAACCAGCUGCAGAAAGUCAGCCAGCAUUUGGCGGAAAGCAAAAUGACGCAGGACGCGUGCGUGGUUUCUGCCGACAGGGACCAGAUGCUGGGGGAGAUGAAGUUGGUCAAGAUGGCUACGGAGAAGGAGACGCUGGAGAAAGAGCUGCAGACACGAGACGAUAUGGUGGUGCAGCUGCAGCUGAGACUCAACCAGGAGAGAAGCUGCCAGGACGCGCACAGACUCACCAUCAAAGAGCAUGAGCUCCAAAAAAGGCAAAUGUGGCUGGAGAUGAAGAGGCUCAAGCAAGUGCCGGGUGCGAGUAAACACACUUCCCGGCGGGCGUGGACUCGGGAGAAGAAGAAGCGCCCUCACGCCUAUGUGGAAGUGAUGAAGGCCCAGCACCGCCACUUGCUCACCGGGAAACUUCAGAGCGUACUUCUCCUGGAGAAAAAGGACGAGGUGAUCGAGGAGCUCCGGCGCAUGUUGGCCCGCCGGCCGGACGACGCCAUACAGAAGAUGCAGCAGUUAGGCUGGGACAACAGGCGCCUGAGCAAAGAGCUGAUGGCAGUGAAGGGCACCCUCGGGGUGUACCAGGCGGAGUACGACAACAUGAAGGAGGAGAACGAGAGAGUGAAAGAGGAGAAAAAGACCCUGAAGAUGGGCUACUUGAAGGCUAAAGAGGAGAACGAGAGAGUGAAAGAGGAGAAAAAGACCGAGAAGAUGGACCACUUGAAGGCUAAAGAGGAGACCAGGAGGCAGGCGGAGAAAGUCAGGAAGUCGGAGUCUGGAGACAUGAACCAGCAGAUGCACUUGCCCCCCAUCUCCAAAAAGACCAGACACCCCGCUGAGGAAACCGCCAAGGACCAGGGUUUCUCCGGCUACAAACCUCGGCCAAAUCGUGUCAUCAUCAAGUCCAAAUGUGUGCCAGAAAUGCUAAAGUCCGUCCCCCUGCCUUCCAUCCCCACCGUGAAACUCGUGCCUCACCCGCCUCCCAAACGGUCGCAGCAUCCUACACCGCGCCGCAGAAGCUUAGCGUUAUCGGAUCCACCGAGAACUGGGUCGCCUUAA